ACGGCGCCCAUGGAGCAGAGGCCGAGGCCCGAGGGGCCGGAGCCCGAAACCGAGCCCGAGGGCGCGGGAGGGCCGCGGGCCGCCUGCCCCUUCCUGGCCUGGAGCGCCGCGGAGGUGGCUGAGUGGGUGGUGCAGCUCGGCUUCCCCCAGUACGAGGAGAUUUCACGACAUGUGCGAGAAUUGCUGGGGACUGAGGACCCUCUCUUCAACAGAUCCGUUGCCCUCCCAUACAGAGACAACAUGGGUCUCUUCCUGGAGCAAAAGUCCCGAUCAGGAAAGAAGGCAGAUGCUCUCACUUUCCCACGAUUUGUCCAAGAAGCAGGACUGGAGCCCUAUGCUACAGUUCCUCCUUUCCAACGAGCCCAGGCUGGGGUAGAAGCAGAUGCUCUCCCUGUGUCGCAGGGCACCCAGAGGCAGGAUUAGAGACUCACAUUGCACUUCCACCUUUGUAAGAAGCUAGCAGGGACAGCAGAAUAUACCUGGCAGUUUGUCCAAGGAGGUACAGUUCCAUCUUGUCUCGAUUAUAGAAAAGGCCACUGCAGCUCUCAGCCAUUUGAUGACAGCAAACACAGCCCCACGUUGGCUCUUUUCUGCAAUCCUUUGUUUGCUUCCAGGAACUAAGUGAAGCAGAAGCUAUAAAUCAGAGUGUACCACUGUCUGUCUUCUGCUUCACAGUUGAUUAAAAAGACCAAAACCCAAUCAUAGACAUAUUUUAAUUACCAGCGAUUGAUAACAACUUCGCUGCAGCUCAAGUGAAUGGAUUUUUCCCAGGCUUUAGUGUCUGCAGACUGGGCUCACUGUAAAGCCCACACGUGAGGUAAAUGGCGUACACAAUAACUGGUAUACAGGUGCGGUGACAGCUGCUCUUGGCAAUCGUAAUUAAGCGAGGGGCCCAGUUAUAACUAAUCCCUGGCCUCACCACAGAAAUGAUUUCCUGUGAGGCAAAACCAGGCAGUAGUUUGUCAUAGUAAACAGUAGUGAAACACGUGAUAGAUGACGGCACGAAGUAUAAGAGAAUACUGUAAGCUGAACUAGAGCACUUAUGGGGAAAAAAAAUGCUUUGUCCUGAAUGGAUUUGGACAGAAUAUCCAGUUAUGUCCUUUUUCCAUGAAAGAAGUAUCACGUAGUCUGUGGCGGUGGGUGCAUUAUCACCAGCAAGGAAACAUGAAUAAGUGCUGAUUAAAGCCUGGCUCAACAGAAGGAGUGCGCCUGACUAAAUCCUUACUAUUUUGUCUGGCAUCAAUGGCUUCCUUGAGAUCCCCCCAUGGUGGGGAGGGGGGGGAAAUAGAGACCAGGCCCAAUCCUAUUUGGUGGCUACACCAUAGCCACUACAAAAUAACUGUAAUUUGGUUUUUGUAUUUCAGUUUUCUCUUGAAACUGCAACAGAAACCAGGGAAACUGAAGCAGUUGGCCAAGAUGACUGUAAUAAGCAAAUUCAGACCAAAAUAAAGCAAGACUCAGGCAGCCAGGGAGAAGCAAGUUCGCUGAGCAGUCUAGAGAGUGACACCUGUAAAAGCAAAUGUGUAUGUAGGGUUACUGGCUGGAACAUUUUAAAGUGUCUAAGAGUGAACAAUGCUCGUUCUUGCACCCCUGAGUCCCCUGAGGGGGCUGUGGUGAGAUCUUAGCAAACCAUUCUGUCAUGGGCUUUGUUAUAGUUUAUGAGGAUUUAGAAUCAUAGUCAGCAUUUUCCUCUGGGAUUUCUGAGGACAUGUCAGAAGCGGCUGUGGAGAAUGGAGACUUGUCAUCCAACGUUACACCAGGCUCCAUUACAGCUGAAGUAAGAGAUGUCUUGGUGACGAUUAGUCCCCAUUGCUUUGUAGGCCAGUCUCCAAAGGAUGCCUGGUAUGGUAGAGCAAGAUGGCAUCAGACAAGCUCACUCUUUUCUAGCAGCUGGGUAAAAGGAGGCUCUGUCAGCUGAGCAGCUCUCAGGUCAAACCACGGGAAGGCUCUGGGAAGGGGCAAAAAAGUGGAAAUACUUAUGGGCAAUAACAGUCCAAAGCA